GAUCUACACCCAGGCCGUGCUCACGAGGUUCACUGCGAAGUCCGAGGUCACCCAGUGCUCCUGCUCAACUGCUAUCAGUACACUAAGCAGAGGGGCAUGACGGAGCAAGACCACUAUGCCACCCAGAGCAAAGUUCUCUCCUCCCUAGGCAAGUCCCUCUCCAACCUAUCACAGCGCACUGUUCCGGUACUGGCGGGCGACUUCAACUCGACGUUGACAAACUCCGAGCGCAGAAGAAUGGAGAGCCUCUUCACCCUGAUGAGGUCAACGAGCUUCUUCUCGAACAUGCCAAGACCUUCCAACCGAGGGACCCAGGAGCAGGCACCUCAGACGCGGCUCCGACAGCACAACCUCUGUGGCGGCUUCAUAACAAUCGGCAGACUGCACUAA